AUGCCGGUGCCAGUGGUGACGCAGCUUCUGGCCGACGGGCUGGACUCGUUGCCCUACGUCUGGCCCAUCCUGAAGACGCUGCCAUGGCUGCUCGGGCUAUACCUGGUGAAGGCGUACUUCGAGGGCGCCAGCAAUGGGAGCGAGAGGAACAUGCACGGCAAGGUCGUCAUGGUCACGGGCGGGACGAGUGGCAUUGGAGAGGCAGUGGUCCGCGAAUUGGCUGGCAGAGGAGCGCAGAUAGUCCUGCUCACCCAGCAUGAGUUGUCCGACUUCUUCAUAGUCGAGUACAUCGAGGAGCUACGGAAAGAGACAGACAACCAGCUCAUCACCGCCGAGCAGGUGGACCUUUCCAGUCUACACAGCAUCCGCACUUUCGCGACCAAAUGGAUCGACAAUGCUCCGCCCAGGCGCCUGGACACGGUCAUUCUGUGCGCCAACACCCUCACUCCAGCUGGUGGCGACAUCGAGAGUACGGCAGGGGAAGGGGUCGAGGUCAACUGGAUGGUCAACUACCUCGCCAACUUCCACCUUCUCAGCAUCCUCUCUCCCGCACUCCGAGCACAGCCGGCUGAUCGAGACGUCCGCAUUCUCUUUGGAACAUGUGCGGGCUACAUGGGCGGCGACCUGCUUCACAUCACCCAUCCUGCGCCCUCCUUCGGCAAAGCGCCUAAAAAGACAGCCAAUGGCAAGCCCAAGAGCUCCUCUGCCACUCAAGCACCAUCGGACUUCUCGCCCGGCAACGCACACGCCACCAGCAAGCUCGCCCUCACCACCUUUGCCCUCGCUUUCCAGAAGCAUCUAUCCUCAUACAAACGUCCCGACAAUACGCCCAUGAAUACCAAAGUCCUGCUUGUCGACCCCGGCCUCUCGCGCACACCUGGAACCAGGCGCUGGCUGACGUUCGGCUCACUGUUCGGUCUGGCGCUGUACCUCCUCUUCUACCCCCUGUGGUGGCUCGUCCUCAAGUCGCCGCUUGGUGGCGCUCAAUCCUUCCUUUUCGCUGUCAUGGAAGAACGCUUCACGAGGAGCGGCGGUGGGCUAUUGAUCAAAGAGUGCGGAGAGCGUUCAUUCGGCAGGAAGGAGGUGGUCGAGAAUGAAGAGACGCAGAAGCAACUCUGGGAGUACAGUGAGAAGAUGGUACAGGAGGCCGAAAAGCGGGGCAAGGAGUACAGGACGGAGAUGAAGAGGAAAAGCGACGAGGCAAAGGACCAAGAGGAAGCAGAAGAGCAGAUGCGCGAGUACAAAGAGAAGAUCGGGAAGAAGGAGGGCCAGAAGCAGGAGGGCAGCAGGCGGAGUCGCAAGGCAGGAUGA